GAAAUAAGAGUUUAUCAGCUUGAAUUUGUGUAGAAACUCGCACAUUACACAUGUUGAAACAGUUGUCAUUUGGCAAAAUAUUUUUCUACAAAUGACAUUAAACUAUUAGCAACACAUUGCUAAUAUUUAAUCGCAAAGUAGACAAAAUGGCUGAGACUCAGCGGAUAACAAUUUAUGGUAGGCAACCACCAUGUUCCAAUCACGUUCGUCUCAUAUUGAGAAGAGGCAGAAGGCAAGAGACGAUCCAAGAAAGAAACAGAAAAUAUGAUAAACCAGACGAUUUUAUUCAUCAUGAGUCAAGUGACGAUGAUGAAGAUUUCGUCAGAGGUGAAGCGUUAUUUCUAAAAACUUCUUUCAAUUUCGCCGAUUACAUCCGAUCGAGAGAGUUUGGUGCAAAGGAAUUCAAAAAAUUCGAUCGACAAUACGGCUCUCGCCAUAUAUUGAGUCACGAUCUCUUGAAGGAGUUCCCUGUUAAGACAGAUAACUUAAAUAAAAUAUUUUGCUCCCAAUGGCUGAAUAGUCGCCAAAUUGUAUUUGGUACAAAAUGUAACAAAUUAAUUGUCUAUGAUGUAGCCAGGAGAACACCACACCGGAUUCCAAGCCUCAGUGGAAGACAAUAUCUAAGACAUCAAGAGCAGCCACUUGGUAUAUAUUCUAUACAGAUCAAUCCUUCAAGAAGUUUGCUUGCGACUGUAGGUCAAAAUAAUAGAGAGAUAGCAAUUUAUAGAUUACCAACGUUAGAUCCAAUUUGCGUUGGAGAACGAGGCCAUACAAACUGGAUUUACGACAUGUGCUGGGUAGACGAUGAAUAUAUAGUUACAGGUUCAAAAGACUCAAACAUGGCUUUGUGGAAAAUCGACAAAGAUCUAUUCAAAACUUCCGAAAAUGAAAACACACUAAAUUAUAGAUGGAUUCAACCAGUCACUGUGAAAAGGUGUAAAGCAGCUGAAAUAAUAAGAGCAAUGGUAUACAAUAAAUGUUAUAGAGAGAUUGCCGUUUAUUCGACGAACUCUUACAUUCACAUUUGGUCUGCUGAGACUUUUCAACAUAAGCUAUCGCGAAAGUUACCUACGCGUCACGAUAAUCCUUGUUUAGCUAUUCAAAACGAUGGAGUCUACGCGAUUGGAUGUCAGUCUCACACGUUACUUCUCGACGCAAGAACAUUACAGGCUGUGAAAAAAAUUCCUUCCAAGUACAGCGGUGCUGGUGUAAAAUCAGUAAGUUUCCUAGGCUCAGUUCUGACAAUUGGCACAGGCGUUGGAACGGUGAUGUUUUAUGAUUUGAGGGCUGGAAAAUACUUGGAGUCAUCGAUUAAUUCUAAUAGAACAGUCAUGCUGAGAACCUCAAGAGGUUUUGUGUUUCCUGAUGAAGGCUACAUCGAUGGUGUUCAAAAUGUCAAGUAUACUCCUGCCAUUUAUACUCACUGCUACGAUUCGGCGGGAACUCGGCUAUUCUGUGCCGGAGGUCCACUCGUACAGACAUUGUUUGGAAACUAUGCUGGCUUGUGGCAAUAAAUUUCCUUAAUUUCACUGGAAAAAGUGCAAUUAGAAAGCAAUUUUAAUAUGAACUAAAUGUACUAAGAUGGUAAGUAUGACGCUGUGAAAGUGGGUUAUAUUAUAUACAAUUAUUUAGACUGAAAUUGACUCAAUCACUUCCAUUAUUUUACAAAAAUCUAUGGUUUAUAUUAAAUCUUAGAUUAUUUUUUAUUACAAUAGUUUACUUCAUAAGACAAAGGUAUAUUACUAUUUUGUAAUGUGCAAUCCAUUGUUCAAAUACCCCUAUAUGAAAUAAUAUCUACGUAUUAUUACGUAGUCCAUCAGUUUUAAAAAGCAGUGUAUUUCGUUAAUGAUUAAAAAUUUGUCAUUACUGUAAGCAACCUAUUAAGUUUGAAAAAUGUGUCAUAUUAUGAGUGUAAAUAGGAUGUGAUUAAAAAAAGACGCAUUUUUAUAAAUUAUUAAUGAAAUGCGUAAACUUCGACGGUACGUUUACGUAUCUUAUUAUGCAAUGGAAGAAUAAUGAGCUUUUACUUGUGUUCGUAACGUUGUUCGCGAAUGCAAUGGAAGAAUACUAAGAGCUUUUACUUGUGUUCGUAACGUUGUUCGUGUAAUAAGUGUAGCAAAUUUUUUACAAGAUUUUUGGAGCACUUGUUAACUCUCUACAAUC